GUCCGCCUCGACAGUAGCUUCCCGUUACGGUGUUGGCUUCAAGCCAGUUGGUGAUUUGGAAUUUGUUGUCGAUUGAAUUGUGCGAGUAAUAAAAAUAGUGUGUCGAUCACAAUGAUUUGGAAAUGGCGGAACACUGCGAAGGAUUCACUGAGCUGAGGCAUGAUAAACGCGGUGGCGUGAGUACAGAUGUUGUCGGUUUCAUGGAUUGUCUGAGCUCGCACGAGAAGCCGGGGCUUGUCAUUGUAGCUUCUUAAUGGGAUGAAUUGCAUAGACACUCACAUUUUAGAGAUGCAGAGUAUGGAGGGUGUUGAAGGCGACCAGCAAUGGGGAUCCUUCAACAAUCAAGCGACACAGAAAUCGGAGGAGUUAGAAGACGAAGAGGACGACGAGAAAACUAUCUUGCAAGUAGCGUUGCGGUCACCACCCUUCAGUACAGCUCUCAAGAUGAAUUUUCCUGAGUUGUGCAGAAAAUUCAGUGCAGUUGCAUGGUGUUCCAAGACCAAUCUCAUUUGCUGCGCAGUUGAAACAUGCUCACGAGAUCAAGGGUCUACUCAGGAACCUGCUUUCUGGAUCCCUAUGCACCUGGUUGACCCGGAGCGACCCACUGAACAUUCAGUAUUCAACGUUCCAGCCGAUUCUCCUGGUGAUUCUAUACAACAUCUUGAGUGGUCUCCAAACUCUUGUCCACGGGCUCUUUUAAUCGUAAAUGCUAGCGGGCGAGCCAGCAUUUGGUCACAGCCAACUCAAGGAGGGGCAAAUGUGGCACGUACUUGUAAUGGGUGGAGCUGUGAGUACGAGUGGCGCCAAGAGCAAUCUAUUACCACCAAGUGGCUCGAAUCUCCUCCACCUUAUCGGUGGACGACAUCCUCCACGUCUACUAAAGGGUCAUUUGAAGAGAAGUAUUUACCAUAUCAACCUCGUUCCACCACGCGCUGGCCAAACUUCCUGUGUGUGUGUAGUGUAUUUUGGGCUGGCACUGUUCAGCUUCACUGGAAACAAUGGCCUUCCAGUUCCCCGAAGUGGUUUGCAACAAAGAAAGGAGUUCUGGGUGCAGGCGCAUCUGGAGUUUUCACAGGGGACGCCAUAAUUAAUGAUUCUGGGUCUCUACUUGUUGCAGCUGCACCAGUUGGCAAUCCAUCUACUGUUGUGGUAUGGGAAGUGACCGCGUGGGAUCUUAACACUCCCAGCAAUACACAGCAAGUUAGUGCAAAGAUUUUAAUAGGCAACAUCCAAUCACCGUCAUGGCCUGGAUUCUCCCCUUUGGCAGCUUACUUAUUCACAUGGCAAGAACAAUCAACACCAGAGACAUUGCUUGAAGGAGAGGAUUGUCCGGGACCCUUACUACAUUGCUCAGUCGUAUCAAACUUCUCAGCUUAUGUAAGUCCAGAUGCCGCUGCAACAACCUCCUGGGGUUCCGGUGUGACCGCUGUCGCCUUUGAUCCCUCUCGUGGAGGUUCUGCACUUGUCACCACUGUAAUAGAAGGAUAUUAUAUAUCUCCAGGAAACCCAGACGCAGGGCCGGCAUUGACAGGGUGGCGGAUUCAUAGGUGGGAAAGUGGAACUAAGCCAGUUAAUAUCCACCCCCUCUUGGAAAGCACGAAUGGUCCACCACCCACAAUGACUACUUGGACUUCCGUUGCUAAGCAAAAUAUCACCAGGGGUCGCUUUUCUAAAAAUUCGCAUUUUCAGCAGAAACACUGUGAGCGUGAGCGGCCUGUUAACCCGCGUGCAAUAGCCAGAAUAGUUUUUUCUGCCCAUGGUGGUGAGCUGGCAGUAGCGUUAUUCAGUGGAGAGGUUCAUGUCUUCUCAGGUUCAACGAUGACCCCUGUGGAUUUAUUUCAUGUGAAAGUGGACCCACAUUUACCAACACCAGCAUUUUCUCCAACCAGCUGCUGUCUAGCUUCAGUUUGGCAUGACAAAAAAACGGACGUGUGUACACUACGAAUUGCCCAAAUACCCCCUGUCUCUUCUGGUGCCCCCCCUGUAUUGGAACGUCAUCUUGCGGACAGGUUCUGGUGGAGUUUGGUGAGCGAGGUAGAUUGGUGGGACGUGGUUGCCGCCACUCAAGCAGCCGCCGAGGAUGGACAUGUUACAGUUGCCAAAGUUAUGUCGGUACUUGACGCUGAUUUCCACUCCCUUCAACCUCAGCAGCGACAUCACUAUGGCCCGGCUUUAGACAGAAUUAAAUGCCGUGUGUUGGAGGGUGUCCAAGCGGCUGAUGUUCGAGUACUAGUGCUGGACAUGCAAGGUCGCCUGAUGCUUGACAUGCUGGGUCGUGGUAUAGAAGCUGCCUUGAUGAAUCCAUCCACUUUGAUUGCUGAGCCAUGGCAAGCAUCCAGUGACACACUCAGUGGACUAGGACCGGAUGCCAUGGCUGUUGACGGUGCUCUCGUUCCAACUAUUCAGGCUUAUGUAGAUGCGGUUUUGGAUCUCGCAUCACAUUUUUUGACAAGAUUAAGGCGAUACGCAAGCUUUUGUCGCACUCUAACAGCCCACGCGGCCUCAGGUACUACCUCGGCAACUACAGCUGCCCGAACUGCCAUUACCUCCAGCUCCACUACUACGUCUGCCGCCCCUGCUAGCCAGGGAGGGGCACCAGCUGGUGCUGCAAGCAGUGGUGGAGCUGCUCAAGUCCAAGCAUGGGUUCAGGGAGCCAUAGCCAAAAUCAACUCUAGUAGCACCAAUACUGAUGCGACUACUUCUGCAGUGUCGAGCACAACAGUUGCUGGGCCUGCUACGAACCUUCCUUUGAGUGUCAGCACUGCUACAUUUCCUGGCACACCAGCUGUACGCCUUAUCAGCGACUGCCAUUUUCUACAUAGAUUAUGUCAACUUCUUCUCUUCUGUCUCAUAUUCCGUAAACGACAGUUGCCUCGACAUGUCCAAAUUUCUGCAGGGCGACCAGCAGCUUCUGUCGAUGGGACUAAUAAGCUGGGAAACAUUAAGGAGGAACCUUUGAUUGGACAGCGCACUGGGCUUGUAAAAGUCGAGGAAGGGGGUCACACUGUUACACGUACAACAAGCACCGUAAGCAAAGGUGCUGAGGAUAUCGCAACUUCCCGAGCUCAACGUGUUGGUCUUGGAAAUUGUGGCCAAGGUUACACACCCGAUGAGGUGAAGUAUUUGUUUUUAGUGCUCGUUGAUCUUUGUAAGCGGACUGCACCACUCCCGCAUCCACUACCAAAAUCUCAACUUCAAAGUGCAAACCCAAUUUUGCGGCUUCACUUCAUCGAUGGCCAGUUUACUGUUGCUCCUGAGGUCGUGGAAGCCUCUCUCGGUCCUCAUAUGCAGAACUUGCCUCGUCCUCGAGGUGCUGAUGCUGCUGGACUACUCAUGCGCGAGCUUGAGUUGCACCCUCCUGCAGAGGAUUGGAACCGUCGGAUGCUAGCAGGUGGGCCAGUGUUUGCUUUCCUAGAGAACGAAUACGAAGAAACUGAAAAUUUAGAUCCCAGCCCCAUUGACUUUUGGCCUCGGAAACGCCGUCGAGUAGAGCAUGAUGCUGCCUUUGGCCUUCGCACUGCCGUCGGUCUUGGGAGUUUUACGACUCUACUUGGAUCACGCCGGGAUGUGAUCACCUCCCAGUGGAAACCACCAUCCCAUGGCGUGUGGCACAAGUGUUUACGCUGUGGGCGCCAGACAUCAGCAUUGACUGUUCCAAGUAAAAAUACUGCACAAACUUCCCCUCCAUUCGCAACAGAAAUGUGGAAUGGGAGAUGGCCUCACGGUUGCCCUAUGUGUGGAGGACGUUGGUCUCGCAUUGUGUAAAGUGCCACCCCAUAUCCAGUUUGAUGAUCAGAUUUAGAAUAGCCCCUUAGAAUUCUUCUUGUAGCAACCGAUUCCCCCAUCAGAUGAAAAUUUGUCACUGUAAUUUCCCCCAAAAAUGAUUAACUUGACUGUUCAUUUUGUGAUAGAAUUCCAUGCUCCCUUGAUGGGUCAAUAUUUCGUCUCCUAAACAGAAAAUUAGUCUUUUGGUUAAAUCGGUAAACUGACAAGUUAUGUGGACAUAUUGGUCCCAUAAAUCAUCUUCAUGUUUGAAACAUGUUAGAAACAUCAUUAGGGGGUUUAAAACAUGGUGGUCUUGCAAAACCAAAUAAUUGGGAUUCAGUACUUGAUAUUUCUAGGAUUACUUGAACUUUAACUAACUAAAGUAUUACUAUUCAAACUUCAA